AGAGGAGGAACAAGUCCUUAUCCCUAAACAUGAAAUUCAAGUUUUCAAAACUUAAAUGAUGAGAGAGCUUUAGUUGGAGGGCAAGUGGACCUAACUCUACAGUCUCUACUAACUACAACAUACCCUUUUGGUUCCAAUCUCUCUAUAUAUUUGCUCAUAACUCACAAGGAAUUUCCUUAGUACUAGUCACACAAUAAUAAAAUAUAUUUACUGUUACACUCGAGACACAAACAUGGCAAACUUGAUUACACUUGUUGGUUUUCUUGUCAUUGUCUUCUUCAAUGUGUUUGAACCUGCCUCUUCCGCCAGUCACCCCAUCGAAUGGUCGCUCGGGAAGGACUAUAGCUCGUUGGCUACCGGAAAGCCCUACGCUGUCGGCGAUACCAUCGUGUUCAACUACGGUGCGGGUCACACGGUGGACGAGGUGAGCGAAAGUGACUACAAGAGUUGCACAUUGGGGAACGCAAUUUCUUCGGACAGUAGCGGAACCACAAGCAUAGCUCUCAAGACAUCUGGUACUCACUACUUCAUCUGUGGUAUCCCCGGCCACUGCACCGGCGGCAUGAAGCUCUCUGUCACCGUUGCGAAAGCCUCGUCAAGCGGCGGUGGAGACGGUACCACUGACAAAACUACGCCAGCACAAAGCGGAACUACGACACCUUCGGAAGGCAAAAAGGCUAGUCCUUCUGCUUCGGCCACAGCCGUGUUGAAGCCGUUGGAUUCUUUGGUUGUAACUUGUGUAGUUACAUUGUUGUACGCUUUUGCUCUCUCAUAAUUAGUUUGGUUCUGAGGUGUUUUUGUUGUGGUUUGAGUCGUUUGAAGGACCAGGUUAGAGGCAGUGCUAUUAUACUAUAUGCUUGUUUUUAUUAAUUAUCUCUCAUGAUUUGUCCUAUGUUUUUCUUGGUAUUUUCGUUUCAUUCUCAUGAUUAUAAAUCUUUAUUGUUACAAAAGCCUUUA